AUGGCCUGUAUCGGCAAGAAUCUGAUUCAGGUUCCCCCCACCAUAGAUGAGGUGAGAUGCCAAUGAAUCAAAAUUAUCAAUGAUGGAUGUUUUACAAGUUAUUUGAUAUGGUCUAAACCAAGUGCUGUAAUUUAGCUAUUCAUCUACCCACACAUUUUUUUUUACCAUUUCCAUAUUUUAACCUCCCCUACUUUUUCAAAGGCGUUCCUUCCUGUGUCCAAGAGCCUGAAGCAGCUGUAUACGGAUGACAUGGGUCUGGAGAAGGUAGGAGAGAUAAAGAGAUGUAUUUUGCCAGGUUUGCGUUGAUAAAUUAUCUGCAGAAUUGGGGUCAAUACCAUUUCAAGUUAUCAAUGAAAAAUUGACCAUUCAUUUCUAUGAAGAAUGGUUGCUUCUAUUCCCUCCAUAGAUGUCCAGAGACUCCCUGGCGGGGCUGGGCUCUGGGCUGACCACUCUGUCUCUGGGGGGGAACCAGCUGGAGGAGCUGCCUGACCUGAGCCCUCUCACUGGGCUGGAGGUCAUCAAUCUGGCCCACAACCCCCUGCUAUGUGACUGCCCCCUGCUGCCGCUCCGCAAGUCAGUAGUCCACUGCUUUGUGAAUGACCAGUUUGUGGAUGCUGCUGUGCAAGGGAGUCAUGCACAUGCAUGCAUGUAAAUUAAAUAAACAACAGGUGUAGACUAACAGUGAAAUGCUUACUUACAGGUCCUUUUCCAACAAUGCAGAGUUAAGAUAAAGAUAAUACAAUUAAAAUAAAAAAAUGGAAAUAGUGACACGAAGAAAAAAUACACAGUGACUAACGAAUAACAAUAAUGAGUAAAAGUAACAAAUCAAAUUGUAUUUGUCACAUGCGCCGAAUACAUUACAGUGAAAUGCUUACUUACAAGCCCUUAACCAACAAUGCAGUUUUAAGACAAAUAAGUGUUAAGAAAGUAUUUACUAAAAUAAACUGAAGUAAAAAAUAAAGAAAGAAAAUAGAAAAAUAACAAAUAAUUAAAGAGCAACAAUAAAAUAACAGUAAUGAGGCUAUAUACAGGGGGUUACCGGCACAGGUUAAUCGAAGUAAUUGAGGUAAUAUGUACAUGUAGGUAGAGGUAAAGUGACUAUGCAUAGAUAAUAAACAAGGGGGGGGGGGGUGAACGGUCUCUCACCGUUCAAAUAAACCUACCAUUAAAAUUAUAGACUGAUCAUUUCUUUGUCAGUGGGCAAACGUACAAAAUCAGCAGGGGAUCAAAUACUUUUUUCCCUCACUGUAUUACCAUAGGCUUAAUACGUUUUUGGGUACAGUCUUCGCGGGAUUAGUUAGCAUAACUUGCUAGCUCGCGAGCUAGCUGUAACAUUGAGGGAGAGGUUGUUGUCCUGGCACCACACUGCCAGGUCUCUGACCUCCUCCUUAUAGGCUGUCUCAUCGUCGUCGCUGAUCAGGCCAACCACUGUCAUGUCGUCAGCAAACUUAAUGAUGGUGUGGGAGAACGCUGAGCUGUAGUCGAUCAACAGCAUUCUCACAUAGGUGUUCCUCUUGUCCAGGUGGGAGAGGGCAGUGUGGAGUGCAAUAGAGAUUGCGUCAUCCAUGGAUCUGUUGGGGCGGUAUGCAAAUUAGAGUUGGUCCAGGGUGUCUGGGAUGAUGGUGUUGAUGUGAGCCAUGACCAGCCUUUCAAAGCAAGAGUGCUACGGGCGAUAGUAAUUUAGACAGGUUACCUUGGCGUUCUUGGGCAUAGCGACUAUGGUUGUCUGCUUGAAACAUGUAGGUAAUACAGACUGGGUCAGGGAGAGGUACACACAAAUACACGUGAUUUAAAUCUGCUAACCCUCAGGCUCUAACUACUUUGCAUCCCCUCUCUCUGCUCAAGUGGAUGGAGAAUGUGAGUCUGAAGGUGAAAUCCACCUGUGGUCACCCUCCUGAAUUCCGGGGCCAAAGUGUGAGGGAUGUUCAUGUCUUUAAGAGCUGUCCAGGGGAGAGUGCCUCUCCUGGCAAGACCCUCAAAGGACCCAAGGACCCAAAAUCAAUCAAACCCAAACCCACUCUCCUGAAGCUGACCAAAACAAAAGCCAAGCCAGGAAAGGCUAAACCCAUGCCAACCAAGCCCAAAGCCAAGCCUCUGAAGAACCCUAAGGUACCAGCAUCCCAAAAAAACAAGAAGACACUGUAAUAAAAAGUAGGAAAUCAGUGAUGCAAAUGGCUGUAAGUCUACUGCUUGGACAGAACUCUAUAUGCACCAAACUGACAAGUGCUAUUUCAUCUCACCUCACUGAAUGUAAUUUGAGCAUGAAGAACUGUGUUUUUUUAGUCUGCAAGUUCAUUUUCUGAUUGAUUUUCAGUCUAUUUUAGAAUCUUAUGAAGUCAAGGUUUCGGAAGAGCCGGGGUGCAAGAGACCCGAAGCCCUAUUUGCAGUACCAUAUAUUUCCACCAAGUGUCACGUGAUGCUAUUAGAUUUUUCUGCUCAAGUUCGAUCAACUUUUCUAUUACACAUACAAUGUUAUGUUUCGUAUAUAAUUCAUGUAUAUCCUUUGUGCAAAUGAAGAACAAGGCUGAAUAUAUGUAACAUAAGGUUGCUGCAUUUUCAGCUGUUACAUAACCCUUAGAUGCAUGUAAAUCAAUGCACAUUGGCCUUCUUGCUCAUGAAAUCUCCUCCAACACUAAAUCAGUGUCUAACAGUUUUGUCUCCUCCAACACUAAAUCAGUGUCUAACAGUUUUGUUUGAUUUUCAUGUUCCUGACAGAGGUGUGUAAGGACUGAUCCAUUGCAUGCUUUAUCUGAUCCUCUACAUAAAAAUUCUGGGUAAGUAUGCCAUCAAAGUAUUUUAUGCAAUGUGGCUCCAUGCAAUACAUUUUUAUUUUUUUAUUUUAUUUCACCUUUAUUUAACCAGGUAAGCCAGUUGAGAACAGGUUCUCAUUUACAACUGCGACCUGGCCAAGAUAAAGCAAAGUAGUGCAAUAAAAACAACACAGAGUUACAUAUGGGGUAAAAAAAACAUAAAGUCAGAAAUACAACAGAAAAUAUAUAUACAGUGUGUGCAAAUGUAGCAAGUUAUGGAGGUAAGGCAAUAAAUAGGCUAUAGUGCAGAAUAAUUACAAUAGUAUUAACACUGGAAUGCUAGAUGUGCAAGAGAUGAUGUGCAAAUAGAGAUACUGGGGUGCAAAAGAGCAAAAUAAAUAACAAUAUAGGGAUGAGGUAGUUGGGUGGGCUAAAUUUCAGAUGGGCUGUGUACAGGUGCAGUGAUCGGUAAGGUGCUCUGACAACUGAUGCUUAAAGUUAUUGAGGGAGAUAAGAGUCUCCAGCUUCAGAGAUUUUUGCAAUUCGUUCCAGUCAUUGGCAGCAGAGAACUGGAAGGAAUGGCGGCCAAAGGAGGUGUUGGCUUUGGGAAUGACCAGUGAGAUAUACCUGCUGGAGCGCAGACUACGGGUGGGUGCUGCUAUGGUGACCAAUGAGCUAAGAUAAGGCGGGGAUUUGCCUAGCAGUGAUUUAUAGAUGGCCUGGAGCCAGUGGGUUUGAUGACGAACAUGUAGUGAGGACCAGCCAACAAGAGCGUACAGGUCACAGUGGUGGGUAGUGUAUGGGGCUUUGGAGACAAAACGGAUGGCACUGUGAUAGACUACAUCCAAUUUGCUGAGUAGAGUGUUGGAGGCUAUUUUGUAAAUGACAUCGCCGAAGUCAAGGAUCGGUAGGAUAGUCAGUUUUACGAGGGCAUGUUUGGCAGCAUGAGUGAAGGAGGCUUUGUUGCGAAAUAGGAAGCCGAUUCUAGAUUUAACUUUGGAUUGGAGAUUCUUUAUGUGAGUCUGGAAGUUGAGUUUACAGUCUAACCAGACACCUAGAUAUUUGUAGUUGUCCACAUACUCUAGGUCAGACCCGUCGAGAGUGGUGAUUCUAGUCGGGUGGGCGGGUGCUAGCAGCGUUCGAUUGAAAAGCAUGCAUUUAGUUUUACUAGUGUUUAAGAGCAGUUGAAGGCUACUGAAGGAUUGUUGUAUGGCAUUGAAGCUCGUUUGGAGGUUUGUUAACACAGUGUCCAAUGAAGGGCCAGAUGUAUACAAAAUGGUGUCGUCUGCGUAGAGGUGGAUCUGAGAGUCACCAGCAGCAAGAGCGACAUCAUUGAUAUACACGGAGAAAAGUGUCGGCCCAAGAAUUGAACCCUGUGGCACCCCCAUAGAGACUGCCAUAGGUCCAGACAACAGGCCCAACGAUUUGACACACUGAACUCUAUCUGAGAAGUAGUUGGUGAACCAGGCGAGGCAGUCAUUUGAGAAACCAAGGCUAUUUAGUCUGCCAAUAAGAAUGCAGUGGUUGACAGAGUCGAAAGCCUUGGCCAGGUCGAUGAAGACGGCUGCACAGUACUGUCUAUUAUCAAUCGUGGUUAUAAUAUCGUUUAGGACCUUGAGCGUGGCUGAAGUGCACCCGUGACCAGCUCGGAAACCGGAUUGCAUAGCGGAGAAGGUACGGUGGUAUUCGAAAUGGUCGAUGAUCUGUUUGUUAACUUGGCUUUCGAAUACUUUCGAAAGGCAGGGCAGGAUGGAUAUAGGUCUGUAGCAGUUUGGAUCUAGAGUGUCACCCCCUUUGAAGAGGGGGAUGACCGCGGCAGCUUUCCAAUCUCUGGGGAUCUCAGACGUUAUGAAAGAGAGGUUGAACAGACUAGUAAUAGGGGUUGCGACAAUUUCGGCGGCUAGUUUUAGAAAGAAAGGGUCCAGAUUGUCUAGCCCAGCUGAUUUGUAGGGGUCCAGAUUUUGCAGCGCUUUCAAAACAUCAGCUGUCUGAAUUUGUGUGAAGGAGAAGCGGGGGGGGGGGCAUGGGCAAGUUGCAGCAGAGGGUGCAGAGUUGGUGGCCGGGUUAGUGGUAGCCAGAUGGAAAGCAUGGCCAGCUGUAGCAAAAUGCUUGUUGAAAUUCUCGAUUAUUGUAGAUUUAUCGGUGGUGAUAGUGUUUCCUAGCCUCAGUGCAGUGGGCAGCUGGGAGGAAGUGCUCUUAUUCUCCAUGGACUUUACAGUGUCCCAAAACUUUUUGGAGUUAGUGCUACAGGAUGCAAAUUUCUGUUUGAAAAAGUUAGCCUUUGCUUUCCUGACUGCUUGUGUAUAUUGGUUCCUAACUUCCCUGAAAAGUUGCAUAUCGCGGGGGCUAUUUGAUGCUAAUGCUGUACGCCACAGGAUGUUUUUGUGCUGGUCAAGGGCAGUCAAGUCUGAGGAGAACCAGGGGCUAUAUCGGUUCUUAGUUCUGUAUUUUUUGAAUGGGGCAUGUUUAUUUAAGAUUGAGAGGAAAUUACUUUUAAGGAACAACCAGGCAUCCUCUACUGACGGAAUGAGAUCUAUAUCCAUCCAGGAUACCUGGGCCAGGUCAAUUAGGAAGGCCUCCUCGCUAAAGUGUUUUAGGGAGCGUUUGACAGUGAUGAGGGGUGGUCGUUUGACCGCGGACCCGUUACGGACGCAGGCAAUAAGGCAGUGAUCGCUGAGAUCCUGGUUGAAGACAGCUGAGGUGUAUUUAGAGGGUAUGUUAGUCAGGAUGAUAUCUAUGAGGGUACCCAUGUUUAAGGAUUUAGGGUUGUACCUGGUAGGUUCGUUGAUAAUUUGCGUGAGGUUGAGGGCAUCUAGCUUGGAUUGUAGGAUGGCUGGGGUAUUAAGCAUAUCCCAAUUUAGGUCACCAAGCAGUACAAACUCAGAGGAUAAAUGGGGGGCAAUCAAUUCACAUAUGGUGUCCAGGGCACAGCUGGGGGCUGAGGGGGGUCUGUAGCAAGCGGCAACAGUGAGAGACUUAUUUCUGGAAAGGUGGAUUUUUAGAAGUAGAAGCUCAAACUGUUUGGGCACAGACCUGGAUAGUAUGAUAGAGCUCUGCUGGUACUAAUCUUCUCUGAGAGUGGGCCUACAUCUUCUCUGAGAGUGGGCCUAAAUGUAUGUGCCUGUGGCUCAAAUAAUUAUAUCAUUCAGUGGUAUUGUCUUGUGGUAAAGGUAUCAUCACAUCCCAGGUGCAAUCUCAUUAGUGCUUGGCAUCUUGUGUGCAGUUGCCUCUCUGUCCAUUUUUUUAUUCUAUGGCUGUUGCAUUUUACAUUUAGACUGUAAAACAUAAUCUGCCGCUAUCUCUAUUUGCACUGUCUCUGUUUGCAGAGCCCAUCCUGCCACCAGGUGCCAGAACAGUUCUAUGGUGUAAUGGUUAGCACUCUGGACUCUAGCGCUCUGAAUCCAGCGAUCUGAAUCAAAUCUCGGUAGAACCUGACUUCUCUGCUCUUUUGCUGGUACUAAUCUUCUCUGAGAGUGGGCCUACAUGGACAGAACCUUGGCCACUGUUAAGAUAUACUUUUGAGGAGAUGGGAAACUCCUUUGAAAUUGUAUGCUGCGUUCAAAACAACGGGGAACUCGGAAAUCUCCUACUUCCGACUUAAGUGCAUUUAAGACAACUGGGAACUCGGGAGAAAAACGAGCUCCGACUGGGAAAAUUGUUUUGAAUGGUCAUCCAACUCUAAAUUCCAAGUCGGAAACUCUGGCAUCUUUCUGGAACUCCAACUUUCUGACCUGAAAAUCACUGAUUUUACCUCAUUUUUUUCUGAGUUCCUAGCUGUCUUGAAGGCACCCCUAUUAAUGCCCAUUGUGUACAUUGCCAAUGUGUUGUCAGUAGUUACCACAGCCACAAAGUCAUAAACCCCACCUAUUUCUACAAUUUAUCUUCUUAAAGGUGCAAUAUGCAGAUAUUGCUCUGCCAUUUCCUGGUUGCUAAAAUUCAAAUAUUGUAUUUUCAGCUGUUUGUAGCUGGUGUACAAAACCAAAUGUAAAAGACGCAAAAACAAAACUUAAGAACGGGAAGCAUAGAAAUAACACACAUAGAACAGAUCUACCAGAGAUGUUUAUAACUAACUCAAGAUUGACCACAGCUUGUCGUGUCCAAUGGGAGCAAAUGAAUCAUAGAGGGCAGAACAAGCAACGAGGUGGGAAAAGCCAAGAAUGAGCUAGUGAGAUCCUAUUGGCGCAUUUUAGCAUAUAUUUACAUAUUUCCAUUAGGAAACGCCUACUCUGUGAAGUGCGCGUGUGCAAUAACUCAAUUCGCCCUUGCACUCCUUCUAAAGAACACAAUUUUUUUGAAACUUUGGUAAAGGGUAAAGUCUACUAAACUUAGUCCACCCUGUUCGUAACAUAUUCUAGUUUUGGAAACAGAAAACUGUAUUGAGAUCAAAUGUUUCAUCUAUGAGAAAAAUGGCAGAAUGUCGGCCAAAAUCCAUUUCGCUCCAUCAUCUCACAUUGCCGGCCACUGGGUUUCCUCUCAUCACCAUAUUUGCUAGUGAGUGGAAAUGCCAACCGGAUACUUCACAUUUAUACAUCCGGUGAAAUAUCUGGCUCAUUGUUAUAUCUGUUGAUCUACCGCUUCUUAGACUUGCUUUCAAAUGAGAAUUACAGAUCUAUAACAUUUUACAUUUACAUCAUUUAGCAGACGCUCUUAUCCAGAGCGACUUACAAAUUGGUGCAUUCAACUUAUGAUAGCCAGUGGGACAACCACUUUUCUUCAUUUUUUUUAUGGGGGGGGUGGUAGAAGGAUUACUUAAUAUUAUUCCAGGUAUUCCUUAAAGAGGUAGGGUUUCAAGUGUCUCCGGAAGGUGGUCAGUGACUCCGCUGUCCUGGCGUCGUGGGGGAGUUUAUUCCACCAUUGGGGUGCCAGAGCAGCGAAUAGCUUUGACUGGGCUGAGCGGGAACUGUGCUUCCGUAGAGGUAGGGGAGCUAGCAGGCCAGAGGUGGAUGAACGUAGUGCCCUCGUUUGGGUGUAGGGUCUGAUCAGAGUCUGAAGGUAAGGAGGUGCCGUUCCCCUCACAGCUCCGUAGGCAAGCACCAUGGUCUUGUAGUAGAUGCGAGCCUCAACACCCAAAAAGUUACAUAUUGCAGCUUUAAAAUGUGAUUUUAAACCUAACCUUAACCAUACUGCUAACAUUAUGCCUAAUCUUGAAUUAAGACCAAAAAGCUAAUUUUUGUUUUCAUGGCUUUUUACGAUAUAGUCAAUUAUGACUUUGUGGCUGUACUGUCUAGUGGAAACGUCGUCAGUGGGUCGCACGGUGUGUUCUGUGCGAUUCUUGGAUAAGGAGAGCUCUCCAUCAAGAAGUGAAUAGGCGCCAAUUUGGCGAUAGCAAAAAAAAACAUUAGCAUGAAUUUCGUCAACAAGAAGUACAACAUUACAAAUCUUGUACGAGAUGUGAGAUAAUUAAUUUGUUCUCUGUAAUAGUGGGCCGUCUUUAGCCAACUAUCUUGCUAUCUCUCUCAGAAUUACCUUCUUGAUCCAAACCAGUCAGGUUUCAAGACUGGUCAUUCAACUGAGACUGCUCUUCUCUGUGUCACGGAGGCUCUCCGCACUGCUAAAGCUAACUCUCUCUCCUCUGCUCUUGUCCUUCUAGACCUGUCUGCUGCCUUUGAUACUGUGAACCAUCAGAUCCUCCUCUCCACCCUCUCGAAGUUGGGCAUCUCCGGCGCGGCUCACUCUUGGAUUGCGUCCUACCUGACCGGUCGCUCCUACCAAGUGGCGUGGCGAGAAUCUGUCUCCGCACCACGUGCUCUCACCACUGGUGUCCCCCAGGGCUCAGUUCUAGGCCCUCUCCUAUUCUCGCUAUACACCAAGUCACUUGGCUCUGUCAUAUCCUCACAUGGCCUCUCCUAUCAUUGCUACGCAGACGACACACAACUAAUCUUCUCCUUUCCCCCUUCUGAUGACCAGGUGGCGAAUCGCAUCUCUGCAUGCCUGGCAGACAUAUCAGUGUGGAUGACGGAUCACCACCUCAAGCUGAACCUCGGCAAGACGGAGCUUCUCUUCCUCCCGGGGAAGGACUGCCCGUUCCAUGAUCUCGCCAUCACGGUUGACAACUCCUUUGUGUCCUCCUCCCAGAGUGCGAAGAGCCUUGGCAUGACCCUGGACAACACCCUGUCGUUCUCCGCUAACAUCAAGGCGGUGACCCGAUCCUGUAGGUUCAUGCUCUACAACAUUCGGAGAGUACGACCCUGCCUUACACAGGAAGCGGCACAGGUCCUAAUCCAGGCACUUGUCAUCUCCCGUCUGGAUUACUGCAACUCGCUGUUGGCUGGGCUCCCUGCCUGUGCCAUUAAACCCCUACAACUCAUCCAGAAUGCCGCAGCCCGUCUGGUGUUCAACCUUCCCAAGUUCUCUCACGUCACCCCGCUCCUCCGCACACUCCACUGGCUUCCAGUUGAAGCUCGCAUCUGCUACAAGACCAUGGUGCUUGCCUACGGAGCUGUGAGGGGAACGGCACCUCCGUACCUUCAGGCUCUGAUCAGUCCCUACACCCAAACGAGGGCAUUGCGUUCAUCCACCUCUGGCCUGCUGGCUCCCCUACCUCUGCGGAAGCACAGUUCCCGCUCAGCCCAGUCAAAACUGUUCGCUGCUCUGGCACCCCAAUGGUGGAACAAGCUCCCUCACGACGCCAGGACAGCGGAGUCACUCACCACCUUCCGGAGACACUUGAAACCCCACCUCUUUAAGGAAUACUUGGGAUAGGAUAAAGUAAUCCCUCUACCCCCCCUUACCCCACCCCAAAGAAGAAAAAAAAAAAAUAUAUAUAUAUAUAUAUAUAUAUAUAUAUAUAUAUAUAUAUAUAUAUAUAUAUAUAUAUAUAUAUAUAUAUAUAUAUAUUGUAAAGUGGUUAUCCCACUGGCUAUAAGGUGAAUGCACCAAUUUGUAAGUCACUCUGGAUAAGAGCGUCUGCUAAAUGACGUAAAUGUAAAUGUAAUAUCAUAUAGCUUUGGAAUCGUGACAUUACGUACUUUCGAGGAAAAUAGGCAGGUUUCUCGAUUCAUGGUGCUUUUAAGACAACUGGGGGGAAAAAACUAGGUCAAAUCAUGACCUCAGUGAUUUUCAGGUCAGACAGUCUGAGCUCUAGAAAGAUGCAUGAGGAUCAGACUUGGAAUCCCGAGUUGGAUGACCGUUCAAAACGCUUUUCCAUAGUUGGAGCUCAUUUUUUUCUAAGUUCCCAGUUGUCUUGAACGCACUGAAGUCGCAAGUCUGAGAUUUCCAAAUUCCCGGUUCCCAGUUGUUUUGAAAGAGGCAUUCCAACUCGGGAGCUAGGGCCUCUUGCCGCAUUCAAAACAACUGGAACUCGGAAAUCUCAGACUUCAGCGCUUUCAACACAAUUGGGAACUCUGGGGAAAAAACGAGCUCUGAAUUCCAACUCUGGCCUCUUUCUAGAGCUCCAACUAUCAGACCUGAAGAUCACUGAUGUCAUGAUUUGACCUCGUAUUUUUACGAGUUCCCAUGCCAUGUUCAAAACAACUGGGAACUAGGAAAAAUACGAGGUCAAAUCAUGACGUCAGUGAUCUUCAGGUCGGAAAGUCGUAGCUCUAGAAAGAGCCCCCAGUUCCCGAGUUGGAAUUCCAAGUUGGAUGACCGUUCAAAACGGUUUUCCCAGUCCGAGCUCAUUUUUUUCGGAGUGCCGAGGUUGUUUUGAACGCACUGAAAUCUGAGAUUUCCGAGUUCCCAGUUGUUUUGAACGCGACAUCGUACGCUGAUUUUGAGAAGGGAUUGCGUGUGACGCAGCAUGACAAUGUGAACACGAUUGGUCGACAGUCCGCUGGGUGGGGCGUUAUACAGUCUUCCAUUCAUUGCCCAAUGGGAUUUCUAUCUCCUCCUUUCUCUAACAUCUCUGUUCACACGAAAGUUCGACAGUCAACAUGGCGGCAGCGAUGGAUGUUGAUACCCCAAGCGCCACGAAUAGUGGCGCAAGCAAGAAACGUUUUGAAGUGAAGAAGGUAUUUAUUUUUCAAAUAAACCAUAGCUACAUUUUAGACAUACUGUAAGGUUGUAUAUUACCAUAGGCUUAAUACGUGUUUAGGUACAAUCUUCGCGGGAUUAGUUAGCAUAACUUGCUAGCUCGCGAGCUAGCUGUAACUAGACGGAGCCCCUUGUUUGGGGGAGUGAGUUUGCAUUUCACUUGUAGGGGUGAUAGCUACCUAAUUACGUAACUAAUAUCACUGUUUGUGUUAAUGGUAGCUAACGUUAGCUAGCCAACCACUACUAGGUUCGGUUUUAGAUGCAUUGACAUUGUACGAAAUCAAUGACUAGCUUGCUAAAAUGACAGGCCCAGUUGCACUUGUGAGGUUGUCUAUUUAUUGAUGCUGAAUGAUUGAAAAAUUAUAUAUCAAACACUAUCAUUUUCUCCUUUGUCUUGUGCCUUGUUUGUGAUCAAUGUGGAUACUGAAAUAGGCCUAACUUGUCUGAUUUAAAUGCCAAAUGCAAUAGUGAUUUUAAUGACUAAAUGUCUCCUUACGCCAGAUUAACAUUAAUAAAUUGUGAAUAACAAUAUACUCCUUUUUAAUACCUAUUCGAAACAACAGCAAUAUCAAGCAAACACAAUAACUGCCAGUGAUAUGAUUGUCAUUUCAUGUGACACUUCCUUACAGUGGAAUGCAGUGGCACUUUGGGCCUGGGACAUUGUGGUGGACAACUGUGCUAUCUGUAGGAAUCACAUUAUGGAUCUCUGUGAGUAUGCUGUUAACAUUAUUUGACUAAUAAAGGUGAGUGUUACAUUCUGACACAUUACUCUUUUUCUCCAUAGGCAUAGAGUGCCAGGCUAACCAGGCCUCUGCCACAUCAGAGGAGUGCACCGUAGCCUGGGGAGUCUGCAAUGUGAGUCAGACUUGUUUGCUUUUGUAUAUGUUGCAUACAUCCUGAUCAGUUAGAUUGUCAAGUUCAGUGUGAGAGUAUUGAAAGAACAGCAGCAUGAUCUAAACUAAUCUGCAUUAUAUUGAACUACCCUUAAAGUAUAGAAUUUUUAAAAUGUUUUGAGCUGUGUUCGAAUACUCAUACUAACCAUACUAUUUGUGACAUAAAUUGAGUAUGUAGUAUGCUUAUUGGUCAUAGUACGGAUAUAGUUAGUAUGUCGUACUAAAUUCUCCAAAAUACGAAGUAUACAAGCAGUGGACGCUUUCUGUGCUUUUAGGCCCAUGAUGCAAUUCUUCAGGAAAUGGGCGUGGCUUCACAAUGUUUUCAGAUUUGAAGAAAAUGGCGGAAAAUAUGCAGCCGAAGUCCGAGAGCGGAUACAAAUUCCUUGCUUUAACUAAUUAUGACAAAUGUUAAGAAAAUGUUCAGAAAUGUAAUAAAGUAAUGACUUUUCAAAUAAGUUAUGUUGGCUGACAAUUUGUUAGCUACACUAUCCUUACGAACCGCAUAGCAUUACAGCAGUAUGUACCGGUAGUAUGCACUCACUAACUGUAAGUCGCUCUGGAUAAGAGCGUCUGCUAAAUGACAAAAAUGUAAAUGUAGUAUGUUAGCUAGUUACCUACCGUUAGUUGGCUACUAAUACAUUGAAUUGCCAGGCAGUAUAUUAACUAUAAUCAAACGAACUACCCAACGUUUAUUUGAUUAUUCACAUAAUUAUCCACGACUUGAUUAUUCACGUAAUUCUUAGCUAAGUGGUAUAGUCGUUGUGCUUUCUCAAUGGACAUUGUUAAUUCUGGCUAUCUGCUCCGAUUUCAGAGCACUCGUAUGAGUGUGCCAGAGCGCAGAAUAACUGAUGAAUUUACGAAUGCUCAACACCCGUUUUAAUAUAUGGCUGGUUUCAGUAAACGUAGGCAAAAAAAAACGUUAUUAAAUUGUUGGCAGCAGCACAGUUAUAGUCACCAACUCUCUGAAUAACAUGAAAACAGCCUAAACAACUCUGCUAGGGCGAGUAAAAUGGUGUUCUCUCAUUUGUCUUGAAAUAGCUAGCCAACGUUAGCUUGGGUGCUUGACUGCCGUUGUGAGGUCAGAACGCUCGGAUCAACCCUACUCCAGAGACGCGCUCUGAGAGCGAAACACUCUGAAUUUAUGAACGGACAAUCUGACAAGGCUCUGGAUUUACGAACGCUCAGAGCGCACUCUGGAACUCCGCUCAGAGCGCACUAGCAAGAGGUUGCAUAGCAACAGCAUCAACUUCUGUAGACAGGCGAAGCACUAGUAUGCUCAACUGAAAGGAGGCCUUUCGUUUACAGUAUACUAAAAUGAACUAGUGUAUAUACUCAUUAAGUAUAUAGUAUACAUUAUGUUAGAAUGUGUAUUCGAACACAGCUAUUGUCUUGGUUUGCUGUUAUGUCAAUCGUAUCUUCUCCUCUCCAAGCAUGCAUUCCAUUUCCACUGUAUCUCCCGUUGGUUGAAGACCAGGCAGGUGUGCCCCCUAGACAACAGGGAGUGGGAGUUUCAGAAGUGAGUAUCAUCAUUUUAUACAUAACACUUAUUCAAAACACUACUCUGGUCCUAGCUAAACUGCAGUCAAUCAGAGCUGCAGUAUGCGUGCCUUUUGGGGAAGUAGAUGGCUGAAAAAAACAAAAGCCAUGUGUCUGUGUUUCUGGUGCUAAUGCAUUAUUCCGCCGCCUCAAAUUGUAUAGAAGAUGGGUUGUGUAUGUCAAACAGUUAAUAACUAACACUCCCUUUCCCUCUUACAGAUAUGGACACUAGGUGCAAGACUCUGGACCAUUACUUGGGCUUCUGCAAGUUUCAUGCUUACUGUUGCUUUCUCCUUGGUAUGAUUGACUCCACUUUGAGGACAUUGCAAAUACUGAGGACACUCCCCCCCCCCCCCGUCUCAUUGUUUUAGGCUAGCUGGAAAACAACGUUUUUAAAGUUGAAUUUGCAAUGUUGUAAAUUAUAAAUAAACAACAAUGUUCUGUGUUACUGCCUCGAUUUGAAUUGAGGACUAGACAUAGAAAUACAAUUUUAAGGGAUUUUUCUAAUAUUAUUUUGAAUGGGGUUUUUUUUCGUGUUGGAAGUUACACAUCAUUGACUGAAAGACAAAUGAACUAGACAUUUUUGUAAGAUGAAAUGGUUCAUCACUUAGUUGCACUAUGCAGAAAUCGCUC